AUGGACUUGGCGAGACAGGCCCAUGUGCUGGUGGCUCUACUCACCUGCACGUUUCUACUAUGUGGGGCCCAGGAAAAGGACUACACAGUCAAGGAGGAGCAGCCAGAAAAUGUCCGGAUCGGUAACCUCCGCAAGGACCUGGACCUCAACUUGGACCCCAACAUCCGGCUGUCCUCCCCGCUGCAGUUCAAGCCUGUGUACAAGACAGGCGAUGUGCCUUUGGUGAGGGUGGAGGCCAACACCGGGGAGAUAUUCACCACCAAUCACAGGAUCGACCGGGAGAAACUGUGCUCAGGGGUGUUUGCCGAGAAACGCUGCUACUACGAGAUCGAGGUUGCGGUGCUGCCUGACGAGAUUUUCCGGCUGGUGAAGAUCCGCUUUCUGAUUGAGGACGUGAACGACAAUGCGCCACUCUUCCAGUCCACAGUCAUCAACAUCUCCAUACCCGAAAACACUGCCAUCAACUCCAGAUACCCCGUGCCCUCGGCGUUUGACCCGGAUGUGGGGCUCAAUGGCAUUCAGCACUAUGAACUGGUCAAGAGUGUGAGCGAGUUUGGCCUGGACAUCAUUGAAACACCAGAAGGGGACAAGUGGCCACAGCUUAUUGUGCAGCAGAACUUGGACCGUGAGCAGAAAGACACGUUUGUCAUGAAAAUAAAGGUGGAAGAUGGUGGCAGCCCUCCCAAGUCUAGCACAGCCAUCCUCCAGGUCACCAUCUCUGACGUCAACGACAAUCGGCCCAUUUUCAAGGACAGUGAGCUGGAGGUCAUGGUCCCAGAGAAUGCCCCUACAGGAACUUCAGUGGUGCAGCUCCAUGCCUCAGACGCAGACAUGGGAACCAACGCACAAAUCCACUUCGCCUUCAGCAACCAAAUCUCUGCCUCCACCCGCCGACACUUUGCAAUCGACAGCACGACAGGACUUAUCACUGUGAAGCAGCCACUGGACAGAGAGGUCACCCCUGUCCACAAACUCAUCAUCUUGGCUAGUGAUGGCAGCUCCACCCCCUCCCGCGCCACUGUCAUUGUUAAUGUUACAGAUGUAAAUGACAACGUCCCAUCUAUAGACACUCGCUAUAUCAUCAACCUUGUUAAUGGGACUGUGCUGCUGUCUGAGAACGCUCCACUCAACACCAAAAUAGCUCUAAUUACUGUUACAGACAAAGACGCUGAUCUCUAUGGGAAAGUUGCUUGUUACACUGACCAUGAUGUUCCCUUUCGGUUGAAGCCCGUCUUCAAUGAUCAGUUCUUACUAGAAACAGCUGCCCCCCUCGAUUAUGAGACGACAAGAGAAUAUGCAAUUAAGAUAGUAGCUUCGGAUAGGGGUACGCCUCCUUUGAACACUUCUGCUAUGCUUUUAAUUAAAAUCAAGGAUGAGAACGACAAUGCACCCAUCUUCCCCCAGCCAGAGAUUCAACUUUCUAUUCCUGAGAACAACGACCCCUCCACACAGUUAAUAAAAAUCAGCGCUACGGAUGCUGACAGUGGACAUAAUGCUGAGAUUAUUUACACUCUCGGCCCUGACGCUCCUGACGGCUUUAACAUUGACAGACGAUCAGGAAUCCUCUCGGUUGGCAAGAGACUGGACAGAGAGAAGCAGGAGAGGUACUCAUUCACUGUCAUAGCCAGAGACAAUGGGUCCACGUCCCUGCAGAGCAAUGUCACAGUAAGGCUAAUCGUCCAAGACCUUAAUGACAACAACCCGGCUUUCACUCACCCAGAGUACAACUUCUAUGUGCCUGAGAACCUGCCCCUCUAUGGAACUGUGGGUUUAAUCACAGUGACAGACGCAGAUGCUGGGGAUAAUUCUGUAGUAACCCUGUCCAUUUUGAACAGCAAAGAUAAUUUCAUCAUCGACCCACAAACUGGCGUUAUUAAACCUAAUAUUACCUUUGACAGGGAGCAGCAAAGCUCUUAUACAUUUAUGGUCAAGGCUGUGGAUGGGGGCCAACCUCCCAGCUCCUCCUACGCCAAGGUCACCAUUAACGUAGUGGAUGUAAAUGACAAUCGGCCUGUAUUUGUCAUCCCAUCCUCCAAUUACUCGUAUGACCUGGUACGAACCGCCACCACCCCCGGCGCCGUGGUCACCAGGGUGUUUGCUAUUGACAAUGACACAGGGAUGAACGCAGAGCUGCACUACAGUAUCAUCAGUAGUAUCAUCAUCACAUCCAGGGUCUCUCCACGAGGCCUUUUUGCCAUUGAUAAAACAACAGGUAACAUUACACUGCAGGAGAAAAUAGUGCCGGCCGACCUGGGACUGCAUAGACUGGUAGUCAAGGUCAAGGAUCUGGGCCAACCUGAGUCGUUACAUGCUAUUGCACUUGUUCACCUGUUUGUCAAUGACUCUGUGUCAAAUGCCACCUUUAUACAAGAGCAGCUGAGAAAAAGCAUGGAGACACCCUUGGACCGUAACAUAGGAGACAAUGAAGAAAUGCCUCAAGCCAAUGGAUAUGUUAUUGUUGUCAUAGCGAUCAUAGCGGGCACCAUGACUGUCAUCUUAGUGAUAUUUGUGACUGCUUUGGUGCGCUGCCGGCAGACCCCUAGACACAAGGUGGUGCAGAAGGGCAAACAGAGUGGCGAGUGGGUGUCACCUAACCAGGAGAAUCGGCAGAUCAAGAAGAAGAAGAAGAGGAAGAAGCGCUCCCCAAAAAGUCUCCUUCUGAACUUUGUCACCAUAGACGAAUCCAAGCCUGACGACCCCACACAUGAGCACGUCAAUGGCACUCUGGAUCUGCCCGUGGAGCUGGAGGAGCAGACCAUGGGGAAGUACAACUGGGCCACCACUCCCACCACCUUUAAACCGGACAGCCCCGACUUAGCCAAGCAUUACAAAUCCGCAUCCCCUCAGCCCACUUUUCAAAUCAAACCUGAGACUCCUGUAGCCCCAAAGAAGCACCACGUGAUCCAGGAGCUCCCACUGGACAACACUUUUGUGGUGGGCUGCGACUCGCUCUCCAAGUGCUCGUCCACCAGCUCUGACCCCUACAGUGUGUCGGAAUGUGGCUGUCAGGGGGGAUUCAAGACCGCAGGGCAGAUCACCACCCGACAGAACUCGGCCCAGACACCAGACAAGUCUUUCAACUCGCCACCCCCAAUUUGUCCUCAUAAGGAGGCCUGUCAACUCAGCAAGAUCUCGUCUGUCAAUACUCAGCGCCGUGUGACCUUUCACCUCCCCGAUGGCUCUCAGGAGAGCUGCAGUGACAGUGGGCUGGGCGACCCUGAGCCCAGCAGUGCCACCAGCACUGGUCAGCCUCUGCCCCUCAGCUUCACCCAGGACGAGUACUACGAACAGACCUCUCCCAACAGCCGCACCGAGGGGGACGGCAACUCCGACCCUGAGUCCACCAUUGAGGUGAACCUGCAGAAAGCCCUGGCCGAAGCCUCUGAGACAUGCACCCAGGAGUGUUUGAUCCUGGGCCACUCCGACAGCUGCUGGAUGCCGCCCGCUCUGGCCCACUUCCAGAGCCCUGUGAGCGGCUCCCCGGCCUCCACCCCCACCACCACCUCCACCGGCACCUCUGCCCCCGACCCCCUGCACUCCUUCGGCUUCCAGAGCUGCCCGCGCGGAGCCAGCAAAGCUAACCUGGUCAGCUUUGGGCUCAUGGACGGUCGGCACACUCUGGGUCGAUCCGUGCCCAAAAGAAACGAUGAUCUAGACAAAGGAAUGAACCGCCCGCAGUUCUACAACACUCUGGACAGACACUGUAAGAAAGAGGAGCCUGUUAAGGUCAUCCCUUUGGCUAGCUUCUCGUCUCCAGGGCAACAGACCGGAGGAGGAAGUGGAUCCUUCUUACACGAGCACCAGCUGUAAAAAGAGAUAAAUAUUGCAUCUCCAAAUAUAUAGGCACCGUCCACAGUGACUUUAUGAUCUGAAUGUGUGGAGGUAUUUUGUUGAACCAGCUCACUCCCAAUGUCCUCAAAAUACACAGCACUCAAUACGUUUAAAUAAAACAAACUACACACAGUUGAUGAUGCACCAAAGUACUUAUAUUUCACAUGAAAAUUAAACAAAAAA